UUCAAUCUGGCAACCCGGCUGGAGAUAACGAGAAGAGCGACCGGGAAAAGGGGCCAACAUCCAGUUUUUAAAGUCUCCGAGUUCAUCCGUUACGGAUAUCGGAUUUACUGGCGAAAACUCAACCCGAGACGGACUGAUUCGAAGGGCAAAAUAGUUGGGGGUUGACUCGGGGGGUUGAUUGUACAGUUUUUAGUCAUCCUUUUCACCCCCCGGACGUUUCCUUUUGGAUCAGCGAGCUGCUUUUUCUUCUUCUUCACUGGACGGAUCCAGUGAUGUGGCUCAAGAGCUCCUAAACAAACUCCCAAACUCCAGAGCGAAUUCUCUCCACAUUUCACGCUUUUAUUUUCCGUCUUUUUUUAGUGCCUUAAGUCCACUUUUGCAAAGAGUAAUAUUAUUAAAAAGGCCCAAACCCGGUGUUUGGUCCGGCUUUUAACGUUAGUUAGUUAGCGAGCUGGCUAAGCUUGGAGCUAACACGGUGCUAAUAUCUAUUUGGGACAAGUGUUGAUUUUUCCCUUCUUUUUUUAAUAUUAAUACUAUUUAUAUACGGUUUUAAUGACAAUGUAUUUUUAAAAUCUAUGUAAUAAAACGCGUUACGGUUUGAUUCUAUUUGACAUUUUUUAGCCUGUGAGUUCUGCUUUCUUCUUCAAGCUGGUAGCUAACUAGUGUAUCGUUUGGAGAAUAAUGUCACUGUGGAGUGAUUGAAGGAGGCCCCUUUUCCCUGUUCCUGGUCUUCUUUUGGAUAUAUUUCUCAAACCCUUUUUUCAUGGAUUGGAGGAGGACAACCCGCGAUUAAAAACCUGCAUUGUAAAAUUGUUUUAGGAUCUGAUACCGUUUAUUAUUCUUUUUAAAUAAUCUGAAUUCAUCUUCCAAACCCUGGCUGAAAGCCCCACAUCAGUGCUGCAGAGAUGAUGUGCGAGGUGAUGCCCACCAUCAGCGAGGCGGAGGUGGGAAGUAAUGGCGGUGGCCGCGGCUCUGGGUCUCCCCUCCAAUCGGAUUCGGAGGGACAUUUUGAGUCUCUGAUGGUGUCAAUGCUGGAGGAGAGGGACAGGCUCCUGGACACGCUGAGGGAGACUCAGGAGAACCUGGGAAUGACUCAGGGCAAGCUGCACGAGGUUAGCCACGAACGAGACGCCCUGCAGAGGCAGCUCAACUCCGCCCUGCCUCAGGAGUUUGCAGCUCUGACUAAGGAGGUGAACAUGUGCAGGGAGCAGCUGCUGGAGAGAGAAGAAGAAAUAGCAGAGCUAAAGGCCGAGAGAAACAACACGCGGCUGCUGCUGGAGCAUUUGGAGUGUUUGGUGUCUCGUCACGAGCGCUCGCUCAGGAUGACGGUGGUGAAGCGUCAGGCUCAGAGUCCAGCCGGAGUCUCCAGCGAAGUAGAAGUUCUCAAAGCACUAAAAUCCCUUUUUGAGCACCAUAAAGCCCUGGAUGAGAAGGUGAGGGAGAGAUUGCGUGUUGCUCUGGAAAGGUGCAGCGCACUGGAGGAGCAAUUAACGACUUCUCAUAAAGAGAACGCCUUCCUGCGAGAGCAGAGCAGUCAGAAGAAAUUGCUGAUCGACAGCACAGCCGAAAUCAACCACAACACCGAAAGCACACCCAGCACCAACGGCAAGAGGUCAUCAGACGGCUCUUUGGGUCCCGAUGAGGAGAUGGGAAAGGUGUCCGAGCUGCAGGAUGUGAUGGACCGUCAGAGCAAAGAGCUGCUGCAGAUGAAGGAGCGCGUUGUUUCCCUGAGCAGCAGAGUGAGCGAGCUGGAGGAGGAUCUGGACACAGCCCGCAAAGACCUCAUCAAAUCGGAGGACAUGAACACUCGCCUUCAGCGGGACAUCCGAGAGUCUCUCGCUCAGAAGGAUGACAUGGAGGAGAGGAUAACGACACUAGAGAAGCGCUACCUGGCAGCUCAGCGAGAAGCGACGUCCGUUCACGACCUGAACGACAAGCUCGAGAACGAACUCGCCAACAAGGAAUCCCUGUUCCGCCAGAUAGAGGAGAAGAACAGGCAGCUGCAGGAGCGGCUCGAGCUCGCCGAGCAGAAACUUCAGCAGACCAUCCGCAAGGCCGAGACGCUUCCCGAGGUGGAGGCGGAGCUUGCGCAAAGAGUAGCCGCCCUCAGCAAGUCUGAUCGUUCUGUGUCCUGUGCCUCUAAGGACACUAAGGAGGCUAAAGCGCAGAAGAAGGCCGAGGAAAGGCACGGCAACGUGGAGGAGCGCCUGCGACAGAUGGAAGCUCAGCUGGAGGAGAAAAACCAGGAACUGCUCAGGGCCCGUCAGCGCGAGAAGAUGAACGAGGAGCAUAACAAGCGCUUGUCUGACACAGUGGAUAAACUUCUCUCUGAGUCUAAUGAGAGGCUUCAGCUGCACCUGAAGGAGCGGAUGGCUGCUCUGGAGGACAAGAACGCCCUCAUCCGUGAGCUGGAGCACACAAAGAAACUGGUUGAAGAGACUCACCAUGAAAAGGAGCAGCUCUUGAUCGAGAUUGAGACAAUACGCUCAGAGAACGAUCAGGAUCGCAGCAGGAGCAAUUCCAUGCUGCACCAGGGGCGCUCUCACAUGGGCAGCACACCGGACUUCAGGUACCCUGUUUCUGCAUCCUCUAUGAUCGACAGCCAUUCUGACCAGUACAGCAGCUCACUGGUGCUGAGGCGACCUCAGAAGGGGCGGGCUGCUGCUCUACGAGACGAGCCCUCCAAGAGGCAUGUGCAGACUCUGAACGAGCAGGAAUGGGAGCGCGUUCAGCAGGCCAACGUGCUGGCCAAAGUGGCGUACGCGUUUGAGAGCGACAUGGACGUGUCUGAUUUGGAGGACGACCGAGAGACGAUUUUCAGUUCAGUGGACCUGCUGUCCCCUGCUGGACAGACCGAUGCACAAACACUCGCUCUAAUGCUGCAAGAGCAGCUCGAUGCUAUCAACAAUGAGAUUAGAAUGAUCCAGGAGGAGAAGGAGAACACGGCGCUUCGAGCCGAAGCGAUCGAGUCGAGAGUGGGGAGCGGCGAAAGUCUCGGCUCCCGCUUCCGCUCCAUGAGCUCCAUCCCGCCCCCGUACGGUUCCCCACACCUCGGCUCGGCACAUUCUGGCUCCUCCCCUCCAGAUUCAGGUCACUCCACACCGCGGCGAGUUUCAAACAGAGAGAUCGACCGAAUGGGGGUCAUGACCCUGCCUAGCGAUUUGCGGAAGCAUCGUAGAAAGCCUGCACAGGAUGACAAAGCAUCUAUCAGAUGUGAGACAUCUCCUCCGUCUACUCCUCGCUCAUUAAGGCUCAAUAAAGGAGGCCAUGCUGCCAGUCAUGAGGAUAUCCGAGACCUCAGAAGUAUUGGUGCACUGCAGGAUGGCCAGGGCAGUAACCCCAGCAGCAGUAACAGCAGUCAGGACUCCCUCAAUAAAACCGCGAAGAAGAAAAGCAUCAAGACUUCCAUCGGCCGUUUCUUUGGCAAAAAAGAAAAAGGAAGGCCAGGUCUUUCUGGAAAAGACUCUCCCAGCCCAGGAGGAACUCCAGAGGGAGAAACUUCCCAGGAUUCAGUGGGGAUGGGCAAAAUCGGAGGGCCUGGUGAGAAGAACAGGAAGCUGCAGAAAAAUCCCAAAACAGGGCAUGAAUUGCUCGAAGAAGCUCGUAGGCAGGGGCUUCCUUUCGCCCAGUGGGACGGACCAACUGUAGUCGUCUGGCUGGAGCUGUGGGUAGGAAUGCCGGCGUGGUACGUGGCAGCCUGCCGUGCCAACGUGAAGAGUGGAGCCAUCAUGUCUGCUCUAUCAGACACGGAGAUCCAAAGAGAGAUCGGCAUCAGCAACCCACUGCAUCGCCUCAAGCUGCGCCUCGCCAUCCAGGAAAUCAUGUCAUUAACCAGCCCUUCGGCUCCGCCCACCUCCAGAACGUCCACGGGGAAUGUGUGGGUUACGCAUGAGGAGAUGGAGAGCCUGGCAGCAACACCACCCACGGAGGAUGACGAGGGCAGCUGGGCCCAGACUCUGGCUUACGGAGACAUGAAUCAUGAGUGGAUCGGGAACGAGUGGUUGCCCAGUUUGGGUUUGCCUCAGUACCGCAGUUACUUUAUGGAGUCUCUGGUCGACGCACGUAUGCUGGACCAUCUGACUAAGAAGGACCUGCGUGGCCAGCUGAAGAUGGUGGACAGCUUCCACAGAAACAGUUUCCAGUGUGGUGUAAUGUGUUUGAGGAGGCUAAAUUAUGACCGGAAAGAUCUUGAGAGACGGCGAGAGGAAUCCCAGAUUGAGGUUAAAGAUGUCCUGGUGUGGAGUAACGAGCGUUUGAUUAAAUGGGUGCAGUUUAUCGGGUUGAAGGAAUAUGCACACAACCUGCUGGAGAGCGGUGUGCAUGGAGCACUAGUGGCCAUCGAUGAAACAUUUGAUCACAACACACUCGCCUUGCUGCUACAGAUCCCCACUCAGAACACACAGGCAAGAUCACUUCUGGAGAGAGAGUACAACAACCUGAUCGCUUUGGGAACAGAGCGGAAACUAGAAGAGGACGAUGAUAAGAAUUUCAGGCGAGCUCCGUCCUGGAGGAAGAAGUUCCGACCCAAAGAUGUCCGAGGCUACAGCUCCGACACGCUGCCCGCUAACUUCAGAGUGACCAACAGCACAUCCACUUCACCUGCCAUUCAGCCAAAGAAACACCAGCUGGACGGGAGUGCGAGUGGCGUUCAGAGGCUCGACUCUGCAACAAUCCGAACGUAUUCCUGCUAACCCAAAGCCAGGUUUAUGCUCAUUAUCUCUAUAGGUGAAGUCUCAGAAGACGGGGCGUCCCCUUCAGGCUGCGAGUGGAAUGCACAAGGACUCUGAGAUUUCGGAAGGGCUUUCUCGUGACGCCUUUGCCGUAUGAGGACAUAUUUUAGAAUUUUAUGGAUUCAUUCUAUUUAUGGGACAUUUCAUUUAUUUUAGUUAUGUUUAUGCAUCAUUUGUCUUUUCCCCUCCUCCUAGUUUAUUUCAUAUCAUGUUUAACUCUUUUCAGGUGUAACUGAAUGUAUUACAGAUCUGAAGUUUGUACAUUUCUAUCUAAUCUUUAUAUAUUAUAUAUAUAUAUAUAAUUCUCAUCAUCUUAAUUGUAUGUUCAUAUCUUUGGUUUGGUUUGGUUUACCGAAACUCGAGCUGAUUCUGAUUUUGUGACUGAUUUUCGUGAUUUGAUUUUCUCCUCCUUCCGUUCCUUAAAAUCCAUUGGGCUGUCGAUUUUUAUGACGUAUUAUGUGAAUAUUGGAAUUGAUGCAUAUUUUAGAGCAUUUCCUCCACAGACUGUCUGGAACAACUUCUAAUUAUUAUUAUUACCCUUCCCCUCUCCCCUUUCUUUCCUCGUUCUCUUGUGAUACCAAAACAUGUGAUAAGCCAUACAUGGUAGCGACGACGAGGGCUACUUUCGGAUGCAUCUUUCAGCAGUCGCCUUUUCCACAUGCUGAAUCUCUCCAUUCCUUUAUCUCCUGCACAUGAGACACGCAUGAAGGACGGUUUGCUUGUGUGUGUGUGUGUGUGUGUGUAUGUGUAUAGGUGUGCCUGUACGAGUGCUGUUCUGUGCUGUGCGUGCGCUCGAUUCUUCUUUGUUGGACCAAGCUCACUGUGGCCUAAACUCCAAUUGCAGUGUCCGAAAAUGGCGCGAUUCGACCCUCCAUCUGAUUGAAGACCCCCACCCCCCCUUCUGUUUGUAUUUAUUUUGCUUCCCCCGGUCCGAUCAUGUCCUUUCAACCUUCUCACGAGGCAUAUCAAAUAGAAAGGCUGGACUGUAUUAUAACAUUACGGAGUCAAAAUUUCUUGACCCAACAGACACUUUCAACAGUUCAACCAUUUCUUUUUUCUUUUUUAUUUCUUUUCUAGACAAUUCCAAUCAUGCGCUCUUUUUCCUCCACUGUUAAAUCCCUGAUCUUGUAACAGAAAUGCUGUACAGUCCGAGUACUUAUGAGCUAUUUUUUAUCACAGUAUUAUUUAUUGCUUCCUUUCAAUAAAAAAUACUGAUCCCUAUUUUCCACUGCCAAUAAAAAGACUAAGUCUUUACUUUAAAAAA